AACAUGUCAUGAUACUGUCAAAGAAAAUUUGAAUCUCCAACCGUACAAAUUUCAGUGAAAGAUGGAACUAGAAGCAAAACUUGAUGAGGAUUUCUUGUUCUACCUGAACUUUACAAACACGUUCCUAAGACGCAUUGUCAAUCCAGAAUUGUACCAGAAAUAUCGAGUAUGGUUGCACAAACUUUGCGGAGAACCUUGCGAAGGUAUCCAAUCAAAAAGAUGCCGCAAUCUUUAUCUGGCCAAUCUACUGAUCAACAUGCAAAAUGGCGUGUUGGAAAAGCCCUUCAACGAAUCCCCAUACGACGUGGAUAUUUCCAAUGCCAUCGAGGUGUUUGGACCAGUGCCCGAUAGUGUUGAACCCCCUGAAUGGCUAAACGACACCGAAUUCGAGGUGAAAGACGAAGGUCAUCAUGGACAGGACAGGAAGGGCAGGACCUACAUAGCUACUCGCACUCUACCAAACAAUCAGGGAGCCUUCGCCUAUGUGGGAGUGUCCCUCACCGAUCAAGAACCCAUGUGGCUGGGAGCUGGAGAGAGUUCGUUCGAUGAAAGACUCGGUGAAAAAUUCGCAGAGAUGGUACCGCCCCAAACCGAAAUGGAAAAAAUCCUAGCGAGACGAAGAGAUCCGAGAGAAAGAGAGAGAGUCUUGACCUUCUACGAUGUUCUCAUGCAAAAUAUCGCAGAUGAACUUGACGGCAAGGAAACAAGCCAAAACGAAACAGUUGAAGGUCUGCUGACCCAAUUAGUGCACGAUCUGAUGGAAAAAGGUCGCUAUGCGGAAUACGAAGCCAUGGAGGAGAAUGACAGACGUCUCGAGUUGUUGCUGGUGUUAUUCGAUAGAGUGAAAGCACGAAGAGACAAGGUGGCGAAACGUGAAGAGGUUCUAGACCAGAUCGAGGACAAAAUGAUGCGCAAAUCCUUCUUCGACGUAUCCGAGCCCCAGCCUGAGGACAGAUACAAAUUACCAGCAGCCAUGUGGCAACAAGCCAUCGACAGAGCUCCUGCCAAAGGUCAUAUGGACAGGCUGCUGAAGAUGUAUCCCAUGUAUCUAGUCAAAAAGUUCCUAGAAUACUUGUCCGAUCACAAAGAAGUUAUUGCCAUAAGGAUGCAAAGAAGACACGAGAACAUUGCGACGCAAAUGAAGAAAGCACUGCGGAAAGAAGGAGAGAGAAAAAAGAAGAAGGCCGAGGAAGCGGAACAAGCUUGUGAAAAGGCGAUGAUAGUGUUGAAGGAAGUCAGAGAGCAGUACAACAAGAAAAUGGAGGCUGAGAGGAAGAAUAAGCAACAGGACGAAGUCGAACUCUCGGAGCAUUCCAAGAUGUACGAAAAGAUGAAGUCUACUGUCUUAGAUACGCAGAAAAUGGUUGAGGAAGAGGCCUUGCGAGGUAAAUUCCUCGCCGGCCAAAUCAAUGCCGUCAGCGAGCAAACGGAACAGUUCUUGACUGUCAACGAUGACAUAGUGAGAAAAACUGAAGAGGCCAAUCUGAAGACGAUCAAAAACAUCAAGCGAUUGACCACCGCGGUCAAGCAGUACGAAGCCAUGGUCUCGGAGCUCAGAUCGGCUGCCGAGGCUCAGAAAAAGAUGGGGCCGAAGGCGACAGGAACGCAAAUGUUCUUUUUCUGAAAAUGUUGCGAGUCGAUUUGGAUACGUGUGAAAUGUGUAUUAAAGAAAUUAAAAAAUGGUUUGAUUUUUUACAA